AUGCACUCUCCCAAGAAAAAGAAAAAACUCUCUAGCAGUACACACCAAACUGAGCAUGUGCAGAGUGUCCCCGAGGCUGUGUUUCAUCAGGAUGAAAUGGGAAAAGUGGAAGAAGGGGAGGAUCAGAGAAGACAGGAUCAAACAUCCUUUUUACACAAUGCAGAGGAUUAACCCCUUAGGUUUCACAGUGAGUAUAACAAGCAUACUUCACUGCCAGUGGCGGACUGACAAACUCAUGGGGCCCCCCGGGUAAUAGGCGAUCAUGGGGCCCCUGUGUCCUUGCCCAAACUCAAAAAAGCCUAU